UUUGCUGAACGGUUCACUUUAUUGCGAGGAUAUUAUACUUUCAGGCUUUAAUAUUUUCGAUCAUAUUGAGAUGUUUUCGCCAAAUCCGUAUCCUAUUUCUCGAGAAGAGAUGCAUAGCUGGGAAUUAGACUGUGAAAGAGAGGGAUUAUAUAAUAAAAGGGCACAUAAAUGUUUUCUUGUUGAUCAACUGGUAUGUGUUGCUAUUGCAAAGUCAAUGCCUGUAUUCGAAAAAUUAUCUAUAGGUGAUAAGAUUGCACUUUGCCGGCACGUAUCUGAAAUAUUUCCAGCCUUCACUGGUUCAUUUAUAUCGUGUGAGCUUGGCGUGGAUACGAGGACACGUAAGGAUUGUGUUAUGCCUGCUCUUGGUGUUAUUAAAAAUAAAGAUUUUAUUCAUGAUGAAAAGUAA